UAUCAUCUUUCAGCAGUCAUAAUGUUCACCAUAGUUACAACUAAAAAGUCUGCUUGUUUCAAAGAGCCAACCUAAAUCAAAAUAGUCCAAAAACGAGAAGUAGUGAUGUAAUGCUUUGUGGGAGGAGUGCACUGUUCCUAUUUAUGAAAGAUUUUGGAAUGUGGUUGCGCACAAUAGUGUCUUGUGAAAAACUCCAGAGCCAUCUUCAACACCACAGCACAUCCUACAGCGGUCUCCGGAGGGCAGUCUAAAAAGAGUCCAGCAGAAGUACAAGUAAGACUGUUCAGUGUUUGAUCAAACAUCAGCGAUGGAGAAUGUAACCAGUACUCAUUGGGAAAUGUCAACAGCCAGUGUAAUUUCCAGUCUCAUUACCACCUUAUCACUGAAUACUAGUGAGGUGAUAAAGACAAAUGAUUCCCUCAAUGCUUCUUUAUCAAGCACUGAACUAUAUGACUACUCAUAUUACUACAGUCUUGAUGACCUGCUUGACCACGUACCCUGUGAUUACGGAGGCCACGGAAACCGUUUCCUACCAGUGCUCUAUUCCCUGUUCUUUGUGGUGGGCUUCCUUGGCAAUGUGCUCGUAGUGUGGGUCAUCAAGGUGGGUGCUCAGCUGAAAAGCAUGACCGAUGUGUGCCUUCUGAACCUGGCCCUAGCUGACCUGCUCCUGGUCUGCACUCUUCCCUUUCUGGCCCAUUAUGCUAACCACAGCUGGAUUUUUGGGGAACCCAUGUGCAACAUGGUCCUCGGCAUUUACUAUGUCGGGUUCUACGGUGGCAUCUUCUUCAUUGUGCUGAUGAGCAUUGACAGAUACUUGGCUGUGGUCCAUGCUGUGCUUGCUCUGAGGGUCAGAAACAAGGCGUAUGGGAUUUCGGCCAGUGUAGUUAUCUGGAUCAUAGCUGUUGCGUCAUCUUUCCCCGAGCUGUAUGAACUUGGGGUUGAAGAAAUCAAUGGAGACAAACUUUGCAGUGCAUAUCCAAACCAUGAAAAAGACCAUAACUCAAAAGUCAUUGGCCUUUUUAAAAUGAAUGUUUUGGGCCUGCUUGUUCCACUAAGCAUUGUGGGAUUCUGCUACUCAAUGGUGCUGCGGAGGCUCCUCACUGUUCGGGCAUCCAGGAGGCAUGCUGUGCGCCUUGUCAUUGUGGUCGUGGUGGUCUUCUUCUGUUGCUGGACACCAUACAACAUUGCAGCGUUCCUCAAAGGCCUGGAAUUGAAGAGAGUCAUAGCUACAGAUUGCAAGAGCAGCAGCAGGAUUCAGGUGAUCCUACAGAUCACUGAAGCCAUGGCGUACUCACACAGUUGCCUGAAUCCCUUUCUCUACGUGUUUGUGGGAGAGAAGUUUAAGAGGCACCUCAAAAGGCUCCUGCGCCACACACCAUGCGUCAAGCUGAAGUUCAUGAAAGACUACCUGACCCAGGCCACAGGGUCAGUUUAUUCACAGACAACUAGUGUGGAGGAGCGUUCUACUCAUAUUUAAACAAGAGCUCUCAAAGAUCCAAUCCAAUAUCUCAUAUCACAAAUCAGGUAUCACUGUAAAUGUAUGUGCUUUCAUUUUACGUGGCUUCAGAUGAGCUCUGUGUGUUAUAUUUCUAUAUCUCUGUACAAACAAAACCUGUUGUAAUGCAGCAUCAGAAUACUGUUAUAUGUCUCUUUGUGAAAUGUUCAUCAUACUUAUGUUCUCAUGUAAUACUGUAACUGAAAUGCUUUUUCUAGGACUGCAUCUCCUGAAGUGAGGGGAGUUUAAAGGGUGGCUGAGUGAAAAAUAUGUAAACGCUUUGUAA